AUGGACGUCAUCCGCGUAAAUCUGGACGAACACGUGUACCUCAAGUGCAAGGGCGGCCGCGAGAUCGUCGGAAAGCUCAACGCAUACGACGAACACUGUAACGUGCUUCUUUCUGACGCGAAGGAGACUAUAACCACAGUUGAUGUCGAUGCAGCCACCAAGAAGGGCGUUACUAAGGUGACCACACGCGAGAGCGAAACCGUGUUCGUCAGAGGCGACUCGCUCAUUCUGCUGUCGCAUGCGCGUGACGCGUGA